UUCUUUACCGGACAUAUUUUAGUGACGGAACCGUGAAACUCCGUGAACUCACGUGUACAACAUGAAAAACCCAAAACACAACAACACUGCGUCGAAAAAGGCUAAGUUYAAGCCUGGCUCAAAGAAAAGAGAAAACAAAUGCGUCGUGAUGUUUGACGACAAGGACAGACAGGACUAUCUGACUGGAUUCCAUAAGCGAAAAAUUGAAAGGAGAAAAGCAGCGGUGCAAGAAAUUAAAAAGAAAAUAAAGGAGGAGCAAACCAGAGUUAGAGAAGAACGUCAUAAGGAAUAUAUGAAGAUGUUGAAGGAGAGGGAAGAAGCUCUCGGUGAGUUUUAA